CUACCAAACCUAAAAUAAACAGAGCUUUGCUUGUUUCAAUGGCUUCAAUUUCUUAUGCACGCCUUCGAAACCCUGUAAUUUGUUUUUUCAAACCACGUGGUGGGUUACAACCUGAAAUUGAUUUCAACAAUACAAUUUACUUGUGUCCUGCUGCAAAUUCACCACACAGUCCUUAUGUUUCAAAAGAAGUGCUAUCAAAUUACAUCCUGAACCCUCAUAUGUCCUCAUACACCCACCGUAGGUUGAAAAUGCGGUUACCAAACGUCGAAGGAGCACCUGUACCGGCGCACCUGCCUAACAUAGGUAACUGCCAUGCACUGCCAAAGAGUAUGAAACGGCAACUGGAAUGGUACCUUAAGAACCACCAUGGCGUACCCUUCCACCUACUCCACUUGCUCGAUCCAGUCCACGUGCUUGAUUUCGCAGCACCAAUCUUUCAAUUGCAGUUUGAUAGGCUAUACCUCUGUAUGGCUACGUAUACAGAUGCCCUGCAGAUAGUUGAAGCCCCAAUGCACAGCAGUGCUCUUGGUUUGAGGGUAUUUUGUAAUUGGAUUUCGGCUCCAUCGUCAGGUUCACCUUAUCACACUGUUAUGGUAGACCCUAUAGGAGGCCCUCUCUUUGUUCCUGGGUUGAACCCACUCAAUCCUAAUACUCGAAUAGCUGUGUGGAAUAUAAAGGGGAUUACCCGACCUUCAUUCUUGUCAAACUUUGCCCUUCUGUCUCAAAUUCAUAAUUCCUCGAUCAUACUGCUCCUCGAGAUCAGGCACUCCGGCGAGAAUGUUGCUACCAUGAUUAACCAUCUCCAGGGGAGAUACCAUCUCUAUGCCACCCCAGUAUCCUCUUUCGACGGGGGAUGUGCUCUGAUGUGGAACCCAGAUGUUGUUGAAAUUCAACAAAGGCCAACAUUUGUUCGAGCUGCAAUGGUUAAUGUUUUCAUUCAGGGAGUACCAUCAUUUCUGUCACAAGCUCCGUGAAGGAGAUGCAGUAGCUAGUAUCAUGUAAAUGUAAUAAGCUAAGUCACCAUUCUCGAGCUACAUGUUCUGGGCGACUCAAGAUUUAAGUUUUUUUAGAACUGUCUAUUUAAUUUUUAUUUUGAGUUUUUAUUUUCCUUUAUUUAUGUUGGAACUUUACAACUUCAAUUUAAGACUAUCGUAAUUUUCGA